AUUCCGCGACCGGUCGACCCCAGCGCUCUGCUCUGCAUAAACCAGCCCCGGUCCCCCUCCGUGCCCGUCACCGGCGACGCGGGUCUCUCAGGCCGCGCGAGUUUAGUUAGUAGCAGUAGCAGCAGCGCGCUAGCGCUCCACGUCCCAGUACCACCAGAAAGACGAGGAAAAAUCGAAUUCGCCUUUGCUUUUCCGCCCGCUUGAUUUGCCUCCUCCACCGGAAAGCGGGCACCCAAAAAGUCAGAGGAAGAUUGGCCCACGGCCGAGCCGCGGUGCAGAGUGAGGGAGGUGACGACCGUGAGGUGAGGAGAGGCCAUCAGGGCCGCGCCCGCGAGGCCGUCAUGGCCCAGCAUAUAUACGCCUCCGCCAGCACCCGCCUCGUGAUCCCGCUUCUUCCCGCGCCGACCCUUCCUCUCCCCUCGUCGUUUCGGUUGCGGCGCCGGAGGCGGGCCAUGGGCGCGAGCGAUCACCUGGGGCUGGCCGUCGCCGCCAAGUCGCGGCACGGGGUGGACGCGCGGAGGCCGGGCGCGGCCGUGCUGGGCGAGCCGCUGGCGGCGCUCGAUGACGACGGCAUCCUUGUCCACCCCAGCGCCGACUUCGCCGCCCAGGCCCUCGUCUCCUCCCCGCAGCAGUACCGGGAGAUGUACAAGAGGUCGAUCGACGACCCAGCCGGAUUCUGGUCAGAGAUCGCGGAUGAGUUCUACUGGAAGCAGAAGUGGAAUCCUGACGAAGUUUGUGCUGAAAACCUCGAUGUGACCAAGGGGCCGAUCGAGAUUGAAUGGUUCAAAGGGGGAAAGACCAACAUAUGCUACAAUGCGGUGGAUCGCAAUGUGGAAGCUGGGAAUGGGGAGAAGAUCGCCAUGUACUGGGAGGGGAACGAGCCCAGUCAGGAUGACAAGCUCACCUACUCAGAGCUCUUGGACAAGGUUUGCCAGCUGGCAAAUUACUUGAAAAGUGUCGGCAUCGGAAAGGGUGAUGCCGUGGUGAUCUACUUGCCGAUGUUGAUGGAGCUCCCCAUUGCAAUGCUUGCUUGUGCUCGCAUUGGUGCUGUUCACUCGGUUGUGUUUGCUGGCUUCUCUGCUGAUGCACUGGCACAAAGAAUCAAUGACUGCAAGCCUAAGGUUGUUAUUACCUGCAAUGCUGUGAAAAGGGGGCUGAAGCUCAUUCCUCUCAAAGAUAUAGUAGAUGCUUCUCUGGUUGAAAGUGUGAAGAAUGGAGUUGACGUAGGUAUUUGUUUGACAUAUGAAAAUCAGUCAGCAUUGAAGAAAGAAGAUACACGAUGGAAAAUAGGAAGAGAUGUUUGGUGGCAGGAUGUUGUGCCCAAUUUCCCAACUAAAUGUGAUGUGGAAUGGGUUGAUGCAGAGGAUCCAUUGUUUCUUCUAUACACGAGUGGCAGCACAGGAAAGCCAAAGGGGGUGUUGCAUACAACUGGGGGUUAUAUGGUCUACACUGCUACAACAUUUAAGCAUGCAUUUGACUACAAGCCAACAGACGUAUACUGGUGCACUGCAGACUGUGGCUGGAUUACUGGACAUAGUUAUGUGACAUAUGGUCCUCUCUUGAAUGGAGCCACAGUCCUCGUUUUUGAAGGGGCUCCAAACUACCCUGAUCCUGGCCGCUCUUGGGACAUUGUUGACAAAUAUGGAGUGACAAUAUUUUAUACAGCCCCAACGCUUAUACGCUCACUCAUGCGUGAUGGUAAUGAGUAUGUUAGUCGGUACUCUCGUAAGUCUCUUCGAGUUCUAGGAAGUGUGGGUGAGCCAAUUAAUCCCACUGCAUGGAGAUGGUUCUAUAAUGUUAUUGGUGACUCACGAUGCCCCAUAUCAGACACAUGGUGGCAGACUGAAACUGGUGGAUUCAUGAUCACUCCUUUGCCUGGUGCUUGGCCUCAAAAACCGGGAUCUGCGACAUUUCCUUUCUUCGGUGUGCAGCCAGUCAUUGUUGAUGAGAAAGGGCAAGAAAUGGAGGGAGAAUGCAAUGGGUAUCUUUGCAUAAAGAAGUCAUGGCCUGGGGCUUUUCGGACUCUUUAUGGAGACAAGGACAGAUAUGAGACCACAUACUUCAAACCAUUUGCUGGCUAUUAUUUCUCUGGUGAUGGGUGCAGUAGGGAUAAAGACGGUUACCAUUGGCUGACCGGAAGAGUUGACGAUGUUAUCAAUGUGAGUGGGCACCGAAUUGGAACAGCAGAAGUUGAGUCUGCUCUGGUUUCACACCUAAAAUGUGCUGAGGCUGCUGUUGUUGGUAUUGAUCAUGAGGUUAAAGGUCAGGGAAUAUAUGCCUUUGUGACUUUGGUGGAUGGUGUUCCCUAUAGUGAUGAUCUACGGAAAAGCCUCAUUAUGACAGUACGCAGCCAGAUUGGCGCAUUUGCUGCACCUGACAAGAUCCACUGGGCACCAGGGCUUCCUAAGACACGAAGUGGGAAGAUCAUGAGAAGAAUUUUGCGGAAAAUCGCAUCCAGGCAGCUCGAUGAGCUCGGUGACACGAGCACGCUUGCUGACCCAGGUGUUGUCGACCAGCUGAUUGCGCUCAGCGACAGCUAAUCUAUAGGGGAUCAAAUAAUCACAGCCUGCACAUUAUGUUGUGUAAAAUCCAGUUUGUGUGUGGAGAGCGCCGUUUGGUCCACGAUUCUCUUGAUUUCGUCGAUGGUUUUAGGGAUGGCAACCAAAGAGAGAUGCUAUAAACUAGGGGUUUGAUGCGGUGCUUCUGUAAAUUGUUGGAUCAGUCACAGGUAGAUAUAGCUUGGUAAAUAAGGAGAUAAAUAUAAUUGCAAGUUUUGGCUGCAUAAAAGUAUAGUGCGAUAAAUCACAUUUUA